AUGGAGAAGUCUUAUAAAUCCAGAUGGAGGUUCAAAGUGGACAAUGACAAAUGCUUCCAAGGGUAUACGACAUCGUCCAACACCAAUGAGCCAACAAACGAGGAUGCGGAUAUAGACUGUCUAGUUCGUCCACAAGGCAAAGAAGCAGCCAAGAGAGAGAACGAAGCAAAAUCAAAAGCUGAAAAGAGGUUCGAUGCAAAAGGCAACGCAGGCUUAUCCCCGUUGCAAAAAUGCAUGGGUAUCAUGCGUAUGUUAGCAUACAAAAUAGCAAUUGACACCGUUAAAGACUAUCUCCGCCUAAGGGAGAGCACCGCAAUCGAAUGUUUGGAAAAGUUCGUCCACCGCAUUUUCUCGAUUUUCAAGGGUCCAUACUUGGGAAGGCCUAAUGCAGACGAUGUCCAACGCUUGCUAUGGAUAGGAGAUGCCCGUGGCUUCUCUGGUAUGAUGGGCAACAUUGACUGCAUGCACUGGCAGUGGAAAAACUGCUCGAAAGCUUAG